AUUAAACAAACUAAUGAUUCAAUUGUCUUUACGGAUCUACUGUAUUUAAAUAUUUGACAUUAACUUUAAAUAACUACAAUGUUUAUAAUACAUUGUAUUAGUACUUUGUAAUUUGGAUUCAUGGCUCUGUGAUGUUUUCGGUUCUCUACUACUCUCGCUUAAACUUUCUAGUAUAUUUGGUAACCUAACUUUCCGUUAAGCAGUUCGAGAACAUUAGCGGAAUUUGAAUUUAUCCUUGUUGGUCAUAAAAAUUUGGCAUUCUACACUUAAGCUAAAAAGGAUUCGUUCACCGUAUAUUAAAUAAAAUUGAUUAUAAUCAAAAACUUUAAUAAAGAUGUCUGGAAGCAAGUGUCGUCAUUGUGGGUCUGUGGACAUAGAGAUAGAUCCAGCACGUGGUGAUGCUGUUUGUACAGAAUGUGGUAUCGUUCUCGAAGAUCAACUUAUUGUCAGCGAAACCACUUUCGAGGAAUCCCCAUCUGGAAAUAUGAUUGCUCUGGGAGAAUUCGUAGGAAAAGAUAGCACUGGUAGAGCUAGUGGCUUUGGGGCAGGAUACCGUGUCGGUGGAAAAGAAUCCAGAGCUAUAACGAUACAAAAUGCAAGAAAAGGAAUAUCGCAUCUUUGUAUGCAAUUACGACUCAAUCAACGUCACAUCGAUCAAUCUGUUAAUUUUUACAAAAUGGCAUUAAACAAACAAUUAACUCGUGGAAGAAAGCAAGCUCAUAAUCAUGCAGCAUGUGUAUAUAUUACUUGUCGUUCCGAAAAAACAUCUCAUUUGCUUAUCGACAUCAGCGAUGUUCUUCAAAUUUGUGUUCAUGAACUGGGACGGACGUAUUUGAAGUUUGCGCAAGCCUUAUGUAUCAAAACACCUUCAAUAGAUCCUUGCAUAUAUAUUAUGAGAUUUGCAAACAAGCUUGAAUUUGGUAAGAAAACUUACGAAGUAUCAACGACUGCACUAAGAGUAAUAAAAAGAAUGAAAAAAGAUUACAUACACAGUGGCCGGAAACCAUCAGGAUUAUGUGGCGCGGCUUUACUAAUGGCAGCACGAUUACAUGAAUUUAAUAGAUCCCCUGCUGAUAUUGUAAAAAUAGUUAAGGUUCAUGAAUCUACUUUAAGGAAAAGGUUAAUGGAAUUUGGAGAUACACCUUCUAGUGCCUUGACUUUGGAAGAAUUCAUGGCAGUUGAUUUAGAAGAAGAACAAGAUCCACCUGCAUUUAAAAGUGCUCGUAAAAAGGACAGAGAACGAUUACAAAAAUUGGAAAAUAUAGAUUCAGAAAUAAAUGAACUUCAAGCUGAAAUCGAUAGACAAAUAGAAGAACAAAAAGUUGGAAAGGGAAAAAGACGAAAAAGAUCUUCUUCGGAAGAUAAUUAUACUAAAAAAUUUAUUGAAGAAAGUAAUUUAAAUACUAUUAAAGAUUGCAUUGAUACUGAAGCUGUGAAUACGAAUGUUGAGGAAGUGUUACUUGAGCGUGAAAAAAGCACGUUAUUUACUACAGGACUUGGUCCCAAUAUUGCAUUAAUGGGUUUAGAUGGUACAAAGGAAUCAAAAGAUAAAAACAAAUCUAACUUUGAAAAUGCUUCUGGAGAAAUUAAUAUUACUGAUAUUGAUGACGACGAAUUGGACAGCUAUAUAGUGACAGAAAAAGAAGCUGAAUACAAAAAUACUGUAUGGAAAAGAGUUAAUGAAAAAUAUUUGACCCAGCAACAAGAAAAAGAAGAACAACGAAAGAAAGAGAAGGAAGAAGGUAAACCAGAGAAAAAGAGAAGACGUACUACAAAACGAAAUAAAAAUCAAGGUCCUGCUUCUACAGCAGGGGAAGCCAUCGAGAAAAUGUUGCAAGAAAAACGUAUAUCUUCCAAAAUCAAUUAUGAUGUAUUAAAAAGCCUGAACAUAAAUAGUCCAAAUAAUCAACAGAAAGAGCAAGAAAAUCCAUUAUGUAAAUCUAAGAUUGAUAUUAAAACGGAGAUUAAAUCGUUAGGGACACCGAUUUCGUCAUCAAAGAAUACAGAAACAUCAUUAUCACAAGAGACACCAAAAUCUAAUAGAAAACGUAAAGUAGAAAUAUCAAGUCCAAAAGAACUGGAAGAAUUUGUGGAAGAAGAUAUGGCACCUUCUACACCACCUGCACUUGAUUCAUCAGACGUUGUGGAUGAAGCAGAGGAUUACAUGGAUGAUGUUAAUGAUGAACCCACUGAAAUGACAGGAAGAGAAAUACUUAAACGAAGAAGUGGAAUUGAAGACGACGAUGAUUAUGAAUAUGAUUAUGGAGAAGAAUAUUAGUACUAUAUCUUAAUCAAUGCAUUUUCUCUCUUUCCAUUAAUUUGAUACGCUUAUUAGAUAUGUUUUCUUAUUCAUUUUCUUGUAUGUAUUCUCUACGAGCCAAUGGUACAUGGUUUUUGUUAAAGGGUUAUUAAUUAACUUUUUUAUUAACCAUGUUCACGUUGCUUCACUUUAGUGAUCCGAAGAAAAUUAGUAAUCUAAACGUUGCUAAACCGUUGACCUUACUUAUUUUAUUAUACCAAACGUAAUUGUAAUUUUAUAUAUAUAUAUAUAU